AUGGGAGAAAACGUCGAAGAACUCAAAGCAAAACUAUUACAGCUAAGACAAGAGAACAGAGCAAUUAAUAUGCAAAACAUAUUGUUGCAAAAUCAACUAAAUGAAACAACAGAAGCAAUGAAUUCGCUGCUUAAAACAAAAUCUCAUGAAGAAAGAGGAUUCGAUGUUUUAAGAAAAAACCUAGAGAAAGAAUUAGAAACAGAAGGUAACCAGCAAACUAAAAUAAGAAUGGAAAGAAGAAAAAUGAUUAUGCUUGAAAUCCACAAAUAUACAGAAGAGAAUAGAGUUUUAACUACAGAAAUAAAAGAUCUUAAAGCAGAAGUUGAACAUGCAAAAUUACUUCAUAAAUCAUAUACCGCCAAAAAUAAUGCAAAAACUACAAAAAAGAAAUCAAAAGGACCAUCACCAGAUAAAGGAAAAGCAACUGUUAACGUUACAAUCGCUCCAAAGAAGAAUUAA